AUCACAAAUGUUCUCUCCCUCUCUCUCUCUCUCUUCUCUCUCUCUCUCGCGCACUAUCGACGGUCACGCACUCCACCUCCCUCCCUCCAUAGUCCACCCCCCAUAAUCCGAUUCUCUCUCUAUCCCUUUCUCCCACUUCAUCUGUCUUCUGCAUAUGUUCGAUACGAUUAUCAAAACUGUAUUCUUCACACUACAUCGCGUUUCUAUCUGCAUAAUUCAUCCCUAAUGAUUGCUGCAUCCAUUUCACUGCUUUUGCAGACUGAAGUCAUUGACUCUUAGGGCCUUUUUCUUCUUUCUUUUUAGUUUACUAAUCUGUUUUAGGCCUUUCUUCAGACUCACACUCUCUUUCCCUCGAUAUAUGUACGAAUAUCUGUAUUAUAAUCUCACACCUUUGUAUGUAUGUAUCACUGUCGAAAUCGAUUUACCCUUAGCUUAGAUUUAACCGUUAUUACCUUUCACGAGACUCGUUGACUUUGCUUGCUCUAUGAUGAUGAGGAGUGGUGUGUGUUGCACUUAAAGGAGGCUCCUUUGGAAUACCCACUUGCUGAAUGUGAAUUCAAAUACUGUUCUUUUGAGUGUACUUUGUUCUACUUGAAUUCACUUAGUGCUUGACGUUUUAUGAAUUUUGAUAAGAAUGAAGGGUUUCAGUUGUUUCAAUUUGCUGCUUGCUUUAGUUGUUACUGGAUUUCUGUUGUAUGGCUGUGUGUUGGGUAAGGAGUGUACCAAUAGCCCUACUGAGUUAUCUUCGCAUACCGUUCGAUCCGAGCUAUUAUCUUCGAAUAACGAGACAUGGAAAGAAGAGAUGUUUUCGCACUACCAUUUGACUCCCACCGAUGAAUCCACAUGGUCGGAUUUGCUCCCUAGGAAGAUCUUGAGGGAGGAGGAUGAGUUCGGUUGGGUUAUGAUGUAUAGGAAAAUGAAGAAUCCGAGUGGGUUCGGUGAUGUUCGAGGGGGGAGUUUCCUCAAGGAGGUCUCCCUUCAUGAUGUGAGGUUGGACCCUGAGUCAACACAUGGGCAGGCUCAGGAAACCAAUUUGGAGUACCUUUUGAUGUUGGAUGUGGAUAGCUUGGUUUGGAGCUUCAGGAAGACGGCUGGUUUGGUGACACCUGGAAAGGCUUAUGGAGGUUGGGAGGAACCAAAUGGUGAACUUAGGGGUCAUUUUGUAGGGCAUUACAUGAGUGCCUCGGCACAGAUGUGGGCUAGCACUCACAACAAUACUCUCGAAGAGAAAAUGUCUGCUGUUGUUUCUGCUUUAUCUGCCUGUCAAGAUGAAAUGGGUACAGGAUAUCUUUCUGCUUUCCCAUCUGAGCUAUUUGAUCGUUUUGAAGCUGUAAAACCUGUUUGGGCACCAUAUUACACCAUUCACAAGAUAAUGGCAGGCCUUUUAGAUCAAUACGUUUUGGCUGGUAAUGCUCAAGCUUUGAAGAUGGUAACAUGGAUGACUGACUACUUCUACAACCGUGUGCAAAAUGUGAUAGCAAAGCACAGUAUUGAAAGGCACUGGCGAUCGUUGAAUGAGGAAACUGGUGGCAUGAAUGAUGUUCUUUAUAGGUUGUAUGCAGUUACGGGAGAUUCGAAGCAUUUAUUGUUAGCUCAUCUUUUUGAUAAACCCUGCUUUCUAGGAUUGCUUGCAAUAAAGGCUGAUGAUAUUUCUGAUUUUCAUGCCAAUACUCAUAUACCAAUUGUUAUUGGAUCUCAAAUGCGUUAUGAAGUUACUGGUGAUUCACUUUACAAGGAAAUAGGGACCUACUUCAUGGAUAUUGUUAAUUCUUCCCACAGCUAUGCGACAGGAGGCACAUCAGUCGGCGAGUUCUGGUCAGACCCAAAGCGACUAGCAAGCACUCUAGACACUGAGAAUGAAGAGUCCUGUACAACUUAUAACAUGCUAAAGGUUUCCCGCCACUUGUUUCGAUGGACCAAAGAAAUAGCAUAUGCAGAGUACUAUGAGAGGGCCCUGACGAAUGGUAUACUGGGCAUCCAAAGGGGAAGAGAGCCCGGAGUGAUGAUCUACAUGCUCCCACUAGGCCGUGGCGUUUCCAAGGCCAUAAGUUACCAUGGAUGGGGAACGAAGUUUGAUUCCUUUUGGUGCUGCUAUGGGACAGGAAUUGAGUCAUUCUCAAAAUUGGGAGAUUCAAUAUACUUUGAAGAAGAGGGCAAUGUUCCAGGGAUUUACAUCAUCCAGUUCAUAUCGAGCUCACUUAAUUGGAAAUCUGGGCAAAUUCUUCUAAAUCAGAAAGUAGAGCCUGCUGUUGCAUGGAAUUCUCUCUUUCAAGUGUCCUUGACAAUUUCGUCGGAGGAAGGGUCCGGUCUGCAAUCUACCUUGCAUUUUCGUAUACCGCUGUGGUCAUUAUCGAAUGGUGCAAAGGCGGUAUUAAAUGGUCAGGAUUUGUCUCUACCAAGUCCAGGUAACUUCUUAUCAGUCACUAGAAAAUGGAGCGCUGGUGACAAAAUAACUCUCGAACUGCCAAUGAGUCUAAGAAUCGAGGCCAUAAAAGACGACCGGCCAGAGUAUGCUUCAAUUCAGGCAAUUCUUUAUGGCCCCUACCUUCUUGCUGGUCUUACCACUGGAGACUGGGACAUUAAAACAGAUUCAGCUGCUUCCCUUUCAGACUGGAUAACUCCAGUUCCUGCUGCUUACAAUUCCCAUCUGAUUUCCCUUUCCCAAGAAUCAGGAAAUUCGGCAUUCGUCCUCUCCAACUUCAACCACUUACUUACAAUGCAGAAGUUCCCUGAAUCAGGCACUGAUUCGUCUCUACGUGCCACUUUUAGACUUCUUUUAAAAGACUCAAAUCCCACAGAAUUUGCAGAAGCAAAAGACUUUAUUGGGAAAUCGAUCAUGCUCGAACCCUUUGAUUUUCCUGGUAUGGUCGUUACCCAAAAAGGGAAAGAUGAAAGUCUUUCUGUUGCAGAUUCUGCUAAUGAAAGCGUUUCUGUUUUCCGUUUGGUUGCUGGAUUAGAUGGGAAACCCGGGACGGUUUCCUUGGAAUUGGAAAGCGAGGAGGGUUGCUUUGUGUACAGUGGUGUAAAUUAUAAAGCAGGUUUAAGCAUCAAGCUCAGCUGCAUGUCUGGAUCAUCUGAUGCUGAAUUUGAACAGGCAGUGAGUUUUGUUCUGAAUAGUGGGAUUAGCGAAUACCAUUCGAUCAGUUUCGUGGCCAAAGGGGUGAAAAGGAAUUUUGUUCUCACUCCUUUGUUUACCUUGAAGGAUGAAUCUUAUACUGUGUAUUUUAACAUUCAAUCUUGAGAACUUUUUAAGGUGGAAGCUGGGGAAGAGUAAAGUACAAUUGUGGAACAGUUUUUUUAAGUAAUGUGAAAAGAAGAUUUGUUGAAGCUA